GCUAUAAUAUAUUUUUAGAGUAGUACAUAAAUAUUUCUCUCUUCAAAACUCUUUUGAUCCCCUCUCACAAAUGGCGUCUGUGCAAUGUGCGUUUGAUCAUCAUCAAGGUGGCAUGGAGAUUAACAACGAUGAGCUUAUCAUGUCGUUCUUGGAAGAAGAAUCACCACCAUUGGAAAACCAUAGUAGCAUCAACAAAGAGGAAGAAGAGAAAUUAAAUCGUGUGAUUAGAUCACUAGAAGUGGAGAUCAACAUGACUUCUCCGACGACCAUAGAAGCCAGGAAAAUGGAUCUGCAACAGACAACAUGCGGUCUUGAAGAUGAUCAUUUCGGAUGGUUUAACGACUUUGAUAUUGGUAUGAUUUCGUCGCAAAAUGAUGAUGAGAUGAUGAAUUGGUGUACAGAACUUUCUUACAUGGAUGGUAUGGUAGAUACUAGUAGUGUUCUUGAGAUUGAAGGUGGUGAUUAUUACUCUCAUAUUAACUAUGGACUUACAUUUGAGGAACCAACUCUUUCUCUAUGGCAAGAGGAUACUGAUGUAGUUAUGUACUGAUUGAUUUCGUGAAGUCAUAAGAUAGCAAAAGCUGUGUCAUAAUCCGUUAACAAAAAGUAAACAAAGUCUGUUUUAUAAAUCUUUAACAAAAGAGAAGAAGGCUGUUUCAAUCAGUUAAUUAACCUUUAAAAUUCAUGUAUGUAUUAGUAAACGUUAUGUUAAUGUUACAUGCUCUUUUCUUUUA